AUGUUGAUAGGAGGUGAUUACAAUGUAAAUUUGGUGCGAAGAUAUGAUGGUUCUCUGCAAGAAGUUUUAAAACUGACAAUGCUCAAUCAGGAGGAAAUUUUUAGAAAGCAGGUUCUUGAACUCCACCGGUUGUAUCGUAUGCAAAAAAUGCUCAUGAAGGAAUUGGACUUGAAAAUGGGAAGUGGGUUGAGUUACAGAAAAGUGAGCACAACUGAGUCGAUGAAGAACAAGUGUUUACAUGAGACUGGAAAUUUAUGCUUAAAACUCCGAAGGACGAGUCUAGAUCUUGAACUACCCGCCAGUCACUACAAUGACAAUGUUGAUGAAGACUUUCUGAGUGAACAGAAUGUUUACAGUACUGCAAAAGGGUCUGUCAAAAUGGAGCACGACUUUCAUUAUGAAACAGUAUCUUCUAUGGAGGAGCUUGAGCUCUCUCUGAGAAUCAAUGUGGACACUUGGCAAAAAGGUAUUUGCAGGCAAACUUGGGAGGAUAAGGGUUUUUGUCCACCUUCGCAAUUUUUAAUUGAUUUGGAAGGAUCGAACAAAACGUCAUCCAAUGGCAGAACAACGUUUUCGCCUAAGAAACUCUUUGAUCAAGGUGAGGCUUCUGCAGGAGUCGAUCAAUGUCACAGGGACAUCUCUGGCUAUGAUAUGUUGGCCAGGGGAAAGCUAUCUGCUUCUCAUGAAGUGGGAUUGUUGGACCUUAACCGAAGUCUACUGGACGAAUCAUCUUUUUACCCAUUUGCUCUCGGAACGUCCUAUCCAUCAAAAAGUACCUUUUCGUGUGAUUCACAGAGAACAGAUGCGGAAUAUCAUAAUCCUUCUGCUCUUGAUUGGAGAGAACCAAACUCUGAUUACUGCAAUGAGUCGUCCAUGUUGCUUCGGCCAGAUACAGAAUUUCUGAACUUGGCAGCUUCAAAAAACAAAAAUGAUUGCCAACUUAAUGGAGCAACUACAUCAUGCUAUAUAGGUCUUGAGUCCAUUGGUGGGCAUUCAAUGAACACAGAACCAAAAAAUGUAGACUUCGCAGCUAUCUCGUCUGAUGGAAAUCAGAGUAUCACACCUAUCCCAGAGAUGAAUGGUGAGAAGACUAAAGAAGACACACCCUAUUCACAUUUGUACACAAGUCAAGAACCAGUUGAGGGCACAGAUAGCAACAAAUCUCCAGUCUCGUGCAAGUCUGAUUGCAUUGCUGAGGACAGUUCGAGCAAUAGAAAUACAACACAAUGUGGUAGCACUACGAGAAAAUCGAAUUGUUCACCUACGAAGAAUGCAUUCCCAAAUUCUGAAUCAUCUCGAGUCGCAAAGAAACUAUUUCAGCAUAAUGUUGAAUGUUCUAGUGAUAGUAAUUUGAAAUCUAAGCUCUUUGAUCAGGUAAAAGGAGAAGCUGCAGAGCAUGAUAAAACGGUAAAAAGGGGAGCUGUUUCUCUUGUUUAUUUUUCCUUGCAAUGUUUAGCCGGAGAUCAAGAUUGCAUUCCCUGUGCCAAGAACGGAAAGAGGGAUGUUCCACAAUGUUCUUCCGAGUCUUAUGAAUCGCUUGUACUAAAGCAACCCGAGAGCAGCGUGGAUGAAUACUGCGUAUCCUCAGCUGCUCCAUUUGACAUAAAUGGCUUGGAUCAAAUGGAUUAUGCGAAGAAGUUGAAAAGAGGGAGGAGAAUGAAAGAUUUCCAGAAGGAGAUUCUCCCGAGUUUGUCGUCACUUUCUCGACAGGAAAUAUGUGAAGAUGUAAGAAUUCUGCAAGGAGCUAUUCGUUCGAGAGAAUACAAGAAAUAUAGAGCCAAGAACAAUAGCAGAGACGACUACCUUCCUCCUGGGAGAAGCAAAAGGCCAAGGGGUAGAAGAUAUUAUUCAUGA